AUGUCAGACGAAGUACAAAACGGCAAGACGGCGGUUGAAAUCGCUUAUCCUAGCACCGUUCAUGAUGUCCAUAGAUUGCUGUCACGGCUAGCUGUUAGCAACAAGGAUAUUGAAAAGAAGAAGAUUCUGAAAAUACUGCAACAGUUAGCGAAGGAGAGACAGAAAUAUGAAGAAAAGUCGAUUGACCUUGAAAAGAGUUGGGCUCAGAACAAAGAGGUAGUUGAUCUUGAUCUCCUAAAGGUUCAGGUAAUGGCAUUCAACCUUUUGAGCAAAGACCUUGAUUUGCCAUUGGAAGUACAGACCAAACUAGUGGGCGAAACAGAUGUGGAGUCCCUGAAGGGUCAAGCUAAUGAUAACGGUAUACCUGUCGACUUUAACGAGAAAGCUAAGCUCUUCGGAUUAGACCCGCAUAAGACGGUUCCUGAUCCUGAGAUACAUUCCGCAGGCAGUACUUUAGGAGAAUCCCUUGUCAAACAGAAGGUCGAGUCAAGAAUACAUGAGCUGGAAAAUCUACCCGCGAACAUUGGUCUAUAUGAUGCCUCGUCUAUCGAAAACGAUUUGGAGAAAUCCGCCUCCGAUAUUUUGGACAAUGUCGAUGAAAUCAAGAUUAGGGCAUUGAACGAGUUGAAAGCAUUGAAGCUUCUACCAGAACAAAAACAACUGCGUCGCAAAUUAAUACAAGAUUGCCUAACAAGUGUGGUGCAUCAGAAAAACAAGUAUGGCUCUGACAGUUUCCGGGCAUUCAAGCGUUCUUUUUCGAUAAGGGACAAGCAAAAGAUUGAGCAAACCUCGAGACUUGCAGAGAAAUUGCAGGAGCAACAACGCCGCGAGAAGGAGGAACUGGAACAUGAUUACCAAACCCACAAGGUUAACAAACUCGCUGCCAUUUUUGACGAGGUUAGAGACGAACUUGAAGAGAAACGGAAUGCAAGACAUUUUCUGGCUAAGGCUUUGCAGCAUUUCCAUUCGCAAGUGGAAAAGGAUGAAAGCAAGAAACUCGAGAGAAUUGCCAAGCAAAGAUUGGCGGCUUUGCGGUCGAACGAUGAGGAGGCUUAUAUGCAGCUUCUGACCAAGACGAAGGACACAAGAUUACAUCACCUUAUUCAGCAGACGAAUAAUUUCCUUGAUUCGCUUGCGAAUGCUGUUAAGGUUCAGCAAGACGAAGCCCGUGCUAGAAGCUUGCAGGACCGUGCAGAGGAAGGAUUGGAACCAUUGCAAGAGGACACGGAGGAAGAUGCUGAUGCACGUCGUGAAAAGAUUGAUUAUUAUGAGGUGGCCCACAGAGUAAAAGAGAAGAUUGAAAAGCAGCCCUCAUUACUUGUGGGUGGUACGUUGAAAGAGUAUCAGUUAAAGGGACUCGAGUGGAUGGUCUCACUUUACAACAACAACCUCAAUGGAAUUCUUGCAGACGAAAUGGGUUUGGGUAAAACCAUCCAAUCCAUUUCGCUUAUCACCUAUCUGAUAGAAUCUAAGAAAGAGCGAGGAAAAUUCCUGGUGAUUGUUCCGCUUUCCACCAUCACCAAUUGGACGCUCGAGUUUGAAAGAUGGGCUCCGAGCGUCAAAACCAUUGUCUAUAAAGGAACGCAGCACCAGCGUAAGCAGCUUCAGUACGAGGUUCGAAGCGGAAAUUUCUCUGUUUUGCUGACUACCUAUGAAUAUGUGAUCAGAGAUCGACCGCUGUUGUGCAAAUUCAAAUGGGCUCACAUGAUCAUCGACGAAGGUCAUCGUAUGAAAAACGCAAGCUCCAAGCUUUCGCUCACGUUGACUCAGUACUACCACACGAGGAACAGACUGAUAUUGACCGGUACACCUUUGCAAAAUAAUUUGCCUGAGCUCUGGGCACUAUUGAACUUUGUGCUUCCAAAAGUUUUCAACUCUGUCAAGUCGUUCGACGAGUGGUUCAACACACCAUUUGCCAAUACAGGUCACCAGGACAAGUUGGAACUAUCCGAAGAAGAAAGUCUGCUUAUUAUCAGAAGAUUGCACAAAGUUUUGCGUCCAUUCCUGCUUAGAAGACUCAAGAAAGAUGUUGAAAAAGACCUUCCAGAUAAGGUUGAGAGAGUUGUCAAGUGCAAGCUUUCGGGCCUUCAAUCUUGUUUGUAUAAGCAAAUGCUGAACCACAACGCUCUAUUUGUUGGGGUGGGCACACAGGGAGCUACGAAGACCGGAUUGAGGGGACUGAACAACAAAAUCAUGCAACUUCGAAAAGUCUGCAACCACCCAUACGUUUUUGAGGAGGUUGAGGAUAUUGUGAAUCCAUCUAGGCUCACCACAGAUUUGAUUUGGAGAAGUUCCGGAAAGUUCGAAUUGCUUGACAGAGUUUUGCCCAAAUUUAAGGCUUCUGGUCACAAAGUCCUUAUCUUCUUUCAGAUGACGCAAGUCAUGGAUAUAAUGGAGGACUAUUUAAGGUUCAGAGACAUGAAGUACAUGCGCUUGGAUGGUUCCACGAAGGCAGACGACCGUCAAGAUAUGCUUAAAGACUUCAAUGCCCCAGACUCCGAAUAUUUCUGUUUCCUUUUGUCUACCAGAGCUGGAGGUUUGGGAUUAAACUUGCAGACUGCAGACACGGUCAUUAUUUUUGAUACGGACUGGAAUCCACAUCAGGAUUUACAAGCCCAAGACAGAGCACAUCGUAUAGGCCAGAAAAACGAGGUCCGUAUUUUGAGAUUGAUCACAGAGGAUUCCGUCGAAGAGGUGAUCCUGGAAAGAGCACAUCAGAAAUUGGACAUAGAUGGCAAAGUUAUUCAGGCUGGUAAGUUUGAUAAUAAAUCGAGUGCCGAAGAGCAGGAGGCGUUUUUAAAGAGACUUUUAGAGGCGGAGAAGAUGAAAGCCGAGGAGGCCGAAAACGACGAUCUAGACGACGAAGAGCUCAAUGAGAUUCUUGCAAGAAACGAAGAUGAGAAAAAACUGUUUGCUGAAAUCGAUCAGGCAAGGAUUCGGGACGACCAAAAAUUAGAUGGUCCGAGAUUGAUGUCAUACGAGGAGCUUCCUCCCGUGUUCAAAGAAGACAUUACCCUGCAUCUGGAGAAGGAUAAGCCUGAUGCUGGGAUCAAAAGAGAACGCAAACAGGUUGUGUAUGACGAUGGUCUUACAGAGGAGCAGUGGCUGGACGCAAUGGAUGCGGAAAACGAUACUGUGGAGGCUGCAGCCCUCCGUAAACGAGAGACCAUGCGUCAGCGUCGUGCGAAGCGUUCCGCUGGCGCCGAUGAAGAGGAAGAAGAAACUCCACGGAAGAGACGCAGCACGAAAUCAGCAACUCCGAUGAGUGAGGAAAGCUUUGUCGAGGAAGAAGAAGAUGAUGAUGCCGGCGAAGAGCCAUUUGUGGAAUUGUGCGAGGGACUGUUGCAAAAACUGGUGAACGCUACAGAUGAAAAUGGGCGCUCAAGGUCAGAGCUUUUCAUGACCGUUCCUUCCAAAAAAUUGUACCCUGACUACUAUCAAAUCGUGAAAAAAGCAGUCGCGAUCAAGGAUCUUCAAAAGGGGCUGAAAAAAGGUUCAAUUGUGGACUAUCAACAGUUCAAGGAAGAGCUUCAACAGAUGUUUGAUAACGCCAAACUCUACAACGAAGAUGGGUCACUGGUGUACAACGAUGCCAUUGAGCUAGAGAAGAUAGCCAAGGAUGAAUUAGGCAGGAUAGACGCGGAGCUGGGCGAGGAAUAG